CAUGCCUUCUCUCUCUCUCUCUCCCUCUCCAUCUUUUGAAUUAAAGAAGAAAACUUGUUUUCAAAAAAUUUAAAAUAGCAAAAAAAAAAAGAUAAAGAGAAUUUUCUUUCUCUCUCUCUGCGCCUUGUCGUUAUUAAAAAUCGCAAUAGUGUUUCCAGACAGUAGAAGAAAGAUUGUUCUUCUUCUAUUUUUUUUGUUAAAUCGCUGAUUUUUGUUUCCACUGGGACAUUUUCGGAUCUCAAAGUUCUUCAGACAGUCCCCAGACAUCGGACAAAGAUACUGAGACUGUUAUGUGCUGAUUCAUUUACUGUUGUAAUGGAGAAACGAAAGAGAGAGUCAUCUGAGAGAAGCUUUGGUGAAUCAGAGUCAGUGUCUUCACAAUCUGAGAAGGACUCUGAAAUUCAACCUGAGAGCACAGUAGAGUCUCAUGAUGAUGAUGAGAAACAAGCCACGGAGGUUUCUUUGGAAGUAGAAACCGAAAACGAAGAAGACUUGAAAGAUAGCAUGAGGACUUUAACUGAGAAACUCUCAGCUGCUCUUGCUAACGUGAGUGCUAAAGAUGAACUGGUGAAGCAGCAUGUCAAAGUCGCAGAAGAAGCUGUCGCUGGAUGGGAGAAAGCUGAGAAUGAAGUAGUUGAGUUGAAGGAGAAGCUUGAGGCUGCUGAUGAUAAGAAUAGAGUGUUGGAAGAUAGAGUAAGCCAUCUCGAUGGAGCUCUCAAGGAGUGUGUUAGACAGUUAAGGCAAGCAAGAGAUGAACAAGAGCAGCGGAUCCAAGAUGCUGUGACCGAGCGGACUCAGGAGUUGCAGUGUUCUAAAACCAGCCUCGAGAGCCAGAUUCUUGAAGCUGCGACCAAAUCCGAGGAGCUUAGCCAGAUGGCUGAAUCCGUGGCUAAGGAGAACGUGAUGCUGACACACGAGCUUCUUGCGCGUUGCGAAGAGCUAGAGAUCAGGACGAUCGAGAGGGAUUUGAGCACCCAAGCAGCUGAAGCUGCGAGCAAGCAGCAGCUAGAUAGCAUAAAGAAAGUGGCGAAACUCGAGGCUGAGUGCAGGAAGCUUAGGAUGUUGGCUAAAUCAUCAGCUUCGUUCAAUGAACAUCGGUCUGCGGAUAGUCAUUCGGAUGGAGGGGAGAGAAUGGAUGUGAGUUGCUCUGAGUCAUGCGCAUCAUCCACAUUGAUUGAAAAGAGAAGCCUUCAAGGGACUUCUUCCGUUGAGAUUGAUCUCAUGGGUGAUUUUCUUGAGAUGGAACGUCUUGUAGCUUUGCCCGAGACACCAGAUGGUAACGGGAAGAGUGGACCUGAAUCUGUCGCAGAAGAGGCUGUUGUUCACACAGAGAGCUUGUUGGCUGCUGAAAUAGAAGUAUUGAAUUGCCGGAAUAAGGAACUUGAAGAGAAGUUGGAGAAGUUAGCAGCGGAGAAAGAUGAGCUCGAAAGCAAAGUUAGAUGUGAUGAAGAAGUGGUGAGCACAUUUAGAUUUGAGCUCGAAGCUAUAGUUUGUGAGAAAGUGGAGCUGGAAAGUAAGUUGGAGAAGUUAGAAGCGGAGAAAGAUGGGAUCGAAAGCGAAGUGAAAUGUAAUAGAGAAGUGGUGAACACAUUGAGAUUUGAACUCGAAGCUAUAGGUUGUGAGAAAGUAGAGCUGGAGAACAAGCUGGAGAAGUUAGAAGCGGAGAAAGAUGGGCUCAAAAGCGAAGUUAAAUGUAACAGAGAAGUGGAGAACACAUUGAGAUUUGAGCUUGAAGCUAUACUUUGUGAGAAAGUGGAGCUGGAGAACAAGUUGGAGAAGAUGGAGGUUGAGAAAGCUGAGAUGCAGAUAUCUUUUGACAUAAUCAGAGAUAAGUAUAAAGAAUCUCAAGUUUGUCUCCAAGAUAUUGAGACAAAGCUGGAGGAGAUACAGAAGGAGAUGAAAGUGGCUAACGAGCUAAAAACACAAGUUGAAUCUCAGAUCAAGUCCAUGGAAGCAGAGACGCAGAGUAAAUGCGCAAAGAUGGAAUCUUUGGAAGAAGAGGUGAGAAAGCAGAGGUUUGCUUCUGAUGAGCUUAGAAGAAAAUGCGAGGCUCUUGAAGAAGAAGUCUCUAUCCAUCAAGAAAAUGCAAUCAAGAGAGAAAAUAUAGAACCCAAGAUCAAACAGGAAGACAUAGUAACAGCUGCAGGGAAACUGGCGAACUGUCAGAAAACAAUAGCAUCGUUGGGGAAACAGCUGCAAUCUCUUGCAACGCUUGAAGAUUUCUUGAUCGAUACAGCGAGCAUUCCAGUGGCUACAAAUGGUGUAAGCAGCAGUAACACAGAGAGUUGGAAGGUUCACAAGAAUGAAACUUUCAUGUCGAGAAAUCAUCCAGAGUCCAUGAUCAAACCAAACAAAGAAACAUCUUUGUCUUCUUCUUCUUCUUCUGCUGCUGCUGCUGCUGCUGCUUUGGCGUCAGUCUCGUCAAACCGAGGGAGCUCUGAGAAGAAUCGCAAUGGAUUUGCUAAAGUAUUCACUCGAAGUAAAGACGGAAUCCAUCUGGCCAUUUAGCAUAACUUAUGGCUGUAGGCAGAGACGAUCUGUUAGGUUAAAAGGAUCUUUUUUAACGGUUAUUAACACCAAUUUGUUCUUUUUCCCAGAUUUUGAAUCCUUAGUAGUUUAAUCAUCAAAACAUAAGUUUCGAAGAGUGAUAAUUGAAUAUGAUCAUCGUUGUGACUUGUUAAAAUGCGUAAAAUGUUGUAAACUGUAAACUUUUGACGUUCAUACGAUCCCAAUUACAAAACAACGAUUGUCAUUUAUUCUUAAUUUCUUAUUACAGACUCAAUUUUGAUCACAAAGUUUUGAACUUUGUAGAUUACGAACGAUUGUUCAUACAUGACAUUAUUUCUUAUUACAGACUCAAUCCAUCUGUCUCCGACAGAUUUUGAUCAAAAAGUUUUGAACUUUGUUCAACGAUUGACAAUAAUGAAAACGAGCCUUGUUCAGAUGCUAGACUUGAGUUCCUCUGAAUAAACCAGAGGCUUCCACGACGGGUUUCGAGGAAGAAAUCGUACCGAAACGUAGGAACAGGAAGGGAUGACUGAGAUUGAGUGAGAGGAGGCGUGUUCGAAGGCGGCGACGCAGAGAUGCGAAGCUAAACCUAACCCUCGUUUGGUUGAAGGAACGUAGGUAUGGACCAGAUCCAUCACUUUCCCGUUGUUUCUCAUCUUGUACUCGAUGAAAGCUUCGUGAUCCUCCGUCUCGAAUCGCCGUUUCUCAUCGUUCCACACUAUCCUCGGUGGCUCAGCCGCCGUUUUCGCCUCCGAUGUCGCCGCCGUGUUCGUCAUAUGUCAAAAAAACCGUUAACAAAUGUGAAUUUCAAAGGGAUAAUCUCUUAAUCUGACUGAUCCUUUCGCGUUGUUAUGUCUGGGCCUUUUA